AUGGACCAUGGGAAUCAGUACAAGCACCAACGGAUCGACCUGUCUACCGAUGCCAUUCGACUGGUUCGUCUCCUGAGAGGAAAUCGCCGGGACCCCAUUCAGUGCGAACUCUUCGAAACCUUCCUCCACCAGGUGGAGGGUGUACCCUAUGAAGCCUUGUCAUAUGUCUGGGGCGAUUCUCCCGUCGCUUGUGAAAUCGUCAUCAAUGAUCGGAGGUCGCUUGUCAAGGAAAACCUUCACAUGUCCCUCCUCGCUCUACGGCAGACCUAUGAGGACAGAGUCUUGUGGAUUGACGCCAUUUGCAUAGACCAGAGUAACGAUAAGGAAAAAGGCCACCAGGUCGGGCAAAUGAGACUUAUCUAUGAAUGUGCCCAACGAGUCAUGGUCUGGCUUGGCCCAAGCAACCUCGAAAUUGAUUUCCUCAUGAAUACCACUGCACGGUGGGAUUAUCAAGCACGGCAACAACCAGGAGCCCAACACAAACAGAGCUGGAUCGAUUCCUGGACCACGUUCACUGCUGACGAGACCGGUCUGUACAAAGAGGAAGUCACUGCUCGACGUCGCAGUUCCUUGGAAGAGAUACUGGACCGACCUUGGUUUCGAAGAGUUUGGAUCCUUCAAGAGGUUGCCAGCGCAAAUAAGGUUACGAUAUUGUGCGGCUCGAAAGCAAUGUCCAGCCAAGGCUUCGGUCUUUUGCCCUUUCUACUGGGGUUCGAACCGGACCCUCAUAUCGAAGCAGUUCUAGACAUCCUUCCGGGGUUUCGCCGGAAAGAGAGCUGGUGGGGUGAAAAGCAAACUCUUGAGACACUCCUCCUCAAGUUUGGGACGAGUGAGGCGACCGAUCACCGGGACAACAUUUAUGCCUUGCUUGGCAUUGCUUCAGACGUUCGCGCCAGCAGCGCCCUUCUCCCAGACUACGAAAUUUCGCUGGGCCGCGCUAUAUGCCACACCAUCUCAUUCUUACUCUUCAACGAGGCUUAUGACCCGUCUGCCCGUCCCUUGCCCGAGGUUGUGGACUUCGCUACAUUCAUCCGUAUUUUGCCAAACCUCUCAGACUAUUUUUUGGGCUGGGCGUUGCAAAGACAUGAUGAUAUCGCAGCGGCAACUGUUGUGCCAAAAGCUGUCGAUAUCAACAGAUAUUACCAUCUACCAAACCUUGCGCCUGUUACUGGACUGUCACCUCUAGGGUUCAUCAUCGGAAAACCUAAGCUGGACAACACGUUUCGGGCAAUCUUAGCACGACAUGAUGCUGAUAUCGUGCUAUCCACAUCUCACCUAUGUGGUGGGGAUGGAAGGUUCACUGAUAUCUACAAAGAGAAAGAGGAGACGGGAAGCGAUUGGCACGCCCGGAAAAUUUGUCCAAUGUGUCGAGGUGAUCUACGUCGGAGACACCUAAAGCUCCAGAAUUGCGCCUUGAAACAACUCAAGCACAUCCUCCAGCAUCCAACUGCAGGCAAGGCGAAAGUCAAAGAUUUGCAACCGCUUUUUCAUUACGCUGCCCUAACUUCUCAACCCACGAUUUGGGAACUGCUGUUCGAAGUCACUCAGUGUAUUGAUCUGGAGAGUUCAAUCGAUAGUCUGACCAAGGCCUUGUCUGACAGGAUGGGAGGUGUUUCACAUUGCACGCGUCAUUCUACGGCUAUAUAUGAGUGGUUUGAUGAUGCUGUUGGAUGGACCACCAAUUUCGUCAGGCUCAUGGAUUUCUUGUUUCGUAGCAGACGGACAUCUCUCGUUAAGUUUCAGUGUGCAGACGAGUUGGCUGAGUUGUUUGUCCAAGUUUCCUCUGUGUCACGCGAGGCAUCCCCGGAUUAUCUUGAAGAGCUAGAAUGGAAAGAUUCAAAAGAGUUGGCAGAAUAUAGGCUCAUAAGCGAACAGCUCUUGUCGCAAGUCCCGGGAAGAGUCAUUGGCGAAGUCGAUGUCAUACCCUCUAAAGAGCUAAAUCCAAUGCUGAACUCAAGCUAG